AUGUCUUCACGCUCAAGCCCAGCAGUAUCCAGCUCGACGGCAGUAAGUGACUAUCAAACCGGUAAUAGAAACAAACUCGUUAAAACAGACGAUUUAGUCGAGGAAAGAGACAGGAAACUAAUUGAACUUUACUGUGUGUCCCGUUUGAAUCAGUUGCUGGAGCUGACGGAUGAAAACAAACUCCAGAGGGAGAUAGAUGAUUUUUUGAAGAAAAAUGACGUACGAAGAGGUAUUAGGUUCGACGACUCAUUGCUGCCAAAGUUUCUAAAGAUGGCCAUGACAUCCAAGACGGCGAAGAAAUCUAAAGAGGUAAGUCUGAUAAGCAUAUCUAAUCAGACGCCAACUGAUUAUAAGGUGGGCAAUGAACUGCUGGACGGUGCCGAGAAGAUAUCAAUAAAAGCAGAGAACCACUUUAUACCUAGCAGAAACAAUUCAAUUCGUGAAAAUAUGAUGAAUUCUUUGAGACCCGUUGAAAAAGCAAGGGAUACGUGGAAUAAGAGACCAUUUGAGCCAACUGUGGAAAAUGAAGAACAGCGAUUUGAGAAAAGGCAGAAAACACAAUCUCAAUCAUUGGAAUCCUCCAGUAAUUCAGAGAUGGCUUCGCUGCCUAUAUCUCCACGUCCUCCAGUGCCUAGUGCAUUAGCACAUUAUGCCUAUUAUGAAAACGUAGAAUACCCACAGGCAGAUCCGACUAAAGUUGCGCCUGCGGAGAUAUUUAAGGACUCCCUGAUAAAAAAUAUCGUGGGAAAAGAAGUAGAAACAUCAGACCAUUAUAACGAAAACAACAUUGAUGCUUCAGAGACUGUUUUUUUACUAAUGAAUGACUAUAUACCGUCAAAAAUACCGCAGGCUUUGCCUUUAGCUGAAUUGAAGUACAUGUCUCAGACAUUGCCACUUAUUAAUCUGAUACCGCGAGCUCACAAAGCUUUGACCACUAAUAUUAUAAAUAAUGCUCUGAAUGAAGCUAGGAUUACGGUAGUUGGCUCACGAAUAGAGGAACUAAGAAGACUUGGAUUAUGGUCUUUAAGACAACCUAAACGGUUUAUUGAUCCGUGGAAACAACAUAGUACUCAUCAAAGAAUACUUCUAGAAGAAGCUAAAUGGAUGCGGGCAGAUUUUAAAGAAGGUCAAAAAUACAAAAUAGCCGUCUGUGCCACAAUAGCUCAGGCAGUGAAAUGCUACUGGAGUUACGGAGAAACAUGUUGUGUAAAACGUAAAAGAAUUCCAAAUGACGAAGAAGAACCCAUAUCAUCAAGAGACGGGCGCAUAAUUGAGGAGUCGAGCAAAUUGCUGGAGAUUUCAACAAACGAUAUGCAAUUUAACACAUCUGGUAAAAGUAACAUUAAAUUUUCCCCCAACGCUCUUAAUCUUAACAAAUGCGCUCUUACUGCCGACAAUGAUGAAGCAAGAUCUGGGGAUAAGUUUGACUCUGAAGAUGGUGUUUUAGCCCAAGAAGGCACCAAUGACGAAGUCACAUCCUCAAUUAACACCGAACUACUCCUAAGAAGGUCGUUCUCGUCGAGUGAAUUUUUUAGCACACAACAUGAAGCGGCUGCGUUAUCGGCAUCGAGUGGAACUGAACAACUGGAAAAAGAGCUAGUUUCUCCAUCCAAACUUACAAUAUUUGUGAAUGAGUUCAGUGCGUUUGAGAAAACAUUGGUGCAGGAUAUACCCAUGUUUAGUGGUAUUAAUGAUGAUCAACCGAAGGAAAGCGACCCUCUACCAUUUAUUCCCAUUUCUAAAUCAGUCGUGUCAUUAGAUGAUAAUGGUUUCUAUAAGCUGCUUGAACGUCAAUUGAUUGACGAAGAACCAUCAAUAUCGCAAUUAAGCAAAAGACGUGGUAUGUUUUAUGGUAAUAGAAGGAGCCAUUAUUUAAGACCACCAGCAGUACCUUCUUUACGUUACCUCCAGAAUAGGACUCCUACUAUAUGGUUAUCUGACGAUGAUCAGGAACUGGUCAAAAAUAUCAACACCUAUGGUUACAACUGGGAAUUGAUUAGCGCACAUAUGACACAUCAUCUCACAUGUUCUUAUUUAUCCAAUAUUGAACGUAGAACGCCCUGGCAGUGUUUUGAGCGGUUUGUGCAACUAAAUGAACGGUUUAAUUUCAGUGACCUUAAGGGUCCCAGGGCACAUAGCGCUCAACAGUGGUUAAUCGAAGCGCAUAAAUUUCAACAAAGACAGAAUAGAAGAAUAUCUCCUCUAGGCGUUAAUAUGGAAUCUAUACAAAGAGGUCAUAGAAGACUACGCUGGGCUAGCAUGUUUGAGGCUAUUAGGAAGUGUAUGAAGAAAAGAGAAAAUACACCACGUCCCAAUCCAACUCAAACAAGAAAGCCUUUGGAUUGUAAAAAUAUGAAGGUUCCUACUCCAGCAGAAAUGUCGCUUUUGAAGGCUCAAAGAGAUGAAGCUUUAAGAAGGGAUAUUCAGCUGAGAAGAACGGUGAAAAAUAGGCUGCAACAAAGACAACAACAGCAAAGUCAGCAAGCUCACUCAUCUAGAGCCCAAAGCCCAGUGCCUUCCAACAGCAAGCCUUCAUCAAACUUGACCAGGAGUGGACAGGCAUCUACUCCAAGGCAAAGUCAGAAACAGUAUACAGAGCAAGAUAUCAUCGAAAGCUACUCGAGAAAAUUGUUGGAGGAGAAACCGGAGCUCACUCCUGAGACAGCUUUAAAAGCGGCGAAAAACUACUAUAGAACUUUGAAAGAGCAACAGCAACAGCUAAAGCAGCAACAGAUACAACAACAGCGAAUACAAUCACAAGAGCAGCCCAACCACGUCCAACAACAGCAACAAUCCCAAUCUCAAACGGGGCCUCAAUCUCAACUGCAGAAUACAUCCUCCUCACAGACUUCCCUUUCCAGUAUCCCUAAUAUUAAUUCUGUCCCGAGGAUAAAGUCACCAACACCACAGGAGAUACUGCAAAGAUUUCAAAAAUAA